GGGGGCGGGGCCGCGCAGGCGCUUUGAGAGGCGGUAGCGGCGGCGGCGGCGGCAGCGGCGGCAGCGGUGGCCGUGGUGGUAGAGGUAGCGGCGGCGGCAGCUGUGAAGGGGUUCCGGAAACAUGGUGCUGAUUAAAGAAUUCCGUGUGGUUCUGCCAUGUUCAGUUCAGGAGUAUCAGGUUGGGCAGCUUUACUCUGUGGCAGAAGCCAGUAAGAAUGAGACUGGUGGUGGAGAAGGAAUUGAAGUCUUAAAGAAUGAACCUUAUGAAAAGGAUGGAGAAAAGGGACAGUAUACACACAAGAUUUAUCACCUAAAGAGCAAAGUCCCUGCGUUCGUGAGGAUGAUCGCUCCCGAGGGCUCCUUGGUGUUUCACGAGAAAGCCUGGAAUGCAUACCCCUACUGUAGAACAAUUGUAACGAACGAAUAUAUGAAAGAUGAUUUCUUCAUUAAAAUUGAAACAUGGCACAAACCAGACUUGGGAACGUUAGAAAAUGUACACGGUCUAGAUCCGAACACGUGGAAAACGGUUGAAAUUGUCCACAUAGAUAUUGCAGAUCGAAGUCAAGUUGAACCAGCAGACUACAAAGCUGAUGAAGACCCAGCCUUAUUCCAGUCCGUCAAGACCAAGAGAGGCCCUCUGGGACCCAACUGGAAGAAGGAGCUGGCAAACAACCCUGACUGUCCUCAGAUGUGUGCCUAUAAGCUGGUGACCAUCAAAUUCAAGUGGUGGGGCCUGCAGAGCAAAGUAGAAAACUUCAUCCAGAAGCAAGAAAAAAGGAUAUUUACAAAUUUUCAUCGCCAGCUUUUUUGUUGGAUUGACAAGUGGAUCGAUCUGACAAUGGAAGACAUUAGGAGAAUGGAGGAUGAAACUCAGAAAGAACUAGAAACAUUACGUAAUCAAGGUCAAGUAAGGGGAACCAGUGCAGCCAGUGAUGAGUGAAGAAGAAUCUGACCAUGUCUUGCAGUGUUGACAUUUCCCAGACGUGUGCUUGUGGUUCUGUGCCCACAGGCACAGGUCCCAACUACGUGUGUAUAUAUGUUUGUGUGUGUCAAUCUGUAGCUGUAUAUAAAACGCAUGUAGAGCUACAGAUCCCAGUACACACACGUGUGUAUAUAUGUACAUACAAACAUACUGAAGGGAUUAGUACAAUUUCUCCAAAGUACUGUACCUAUCUUCAGCAAGAAUGCAAAAGAAAAUAUUUUCAAUAUAUAUACCUGGAACAGAUUUUAAUAAUUAUCAGAGUAAUACCAUUAAUGGAUGAAUUGACUGCAAUGUAAUACUAGCUGGUAUGUUUCGUAAAUGUCAAGUUGUGGACCAAGAUAUAUAUAUAUACAUAUAUAUAUAUAUAGCCUUUUAUUACUUUUUUGUUCUUUUAAAUCAGUCUCUUAUAAACUUUAAUUUUAGUCCCAUAAUCAACAGAAUCCCACAGGAAAACUUAUUAAAAAUCUUUUGGUAUUCCAAGGAAUCUGGAACAAAACUCUGAAUGUAUUUAAAAUCAUUUCUUUCUGGAUUUUCAUUAUCAUACAGCCAAAUUGAACAAUAUCUAUUAGUAAAGAGAGUUACAGGCCAGUUUUUACUUGUUUGCCCCUGAGGUAAAGAUCCUUUUAAAAAGAAUUCCAUUUUUUAUUGAAUUUUUGUAUUUUAAAUUUCAAGUAUUUUUCUACAUCAAGUCUAGGAAAAAUGGAAAUAACGGUCUGUGAUUUAUUAAAAAAAAAAAAGAAAAAGAACACUGUAUAACUUUUCAGGCUUCUGUCAGGCAAAGACAGAAAUUGAUGAAGAAAUUAAUAGGAUUGUAGGCCGUUAAGAAAAACUGGAAGUACAGCGCUUCCAUGGAGUCUUGUUUCUAAAAUGACUGUUUUCUGAAAUUACAGCUUGGAAACUAUGCAAAUGAUCUAGAUUCCUCACAAGUUAACACGGUAGAACAUAGAUACUGAUGCUGUUUUGCUCUUUUCUGGUUGAAAUAUAUACUUGGGCGGGGGAGACGUUGCAUCUGAGACAGGAAGAGAUUCAGAGGCAGCGCGAGGCCUGUCUGCACACGGUUAGGCGGCCCAGCCGGCGGCCAGCGCAGCUGCACCCGCACCCCCUGGGGUGUGCUCUCCUGGGACGUCAUCGGAACACACCCUGAACACGCAUCGGGAAAACGCAGCCUAGAGGCUGCUGGCCUCCUUUGGUCCUCUUUCUUUUUUCCUUUUCUUUUAAGGACAAUAGCUAGGUAAGAUUUUUAUCAUCUUUCUCUGUCCAAGUCUAGUUCUUCACCUGUCAGUCCUGGGAGCUCAAACAGAAUGUUGUUGUUGAAGCCUUGGGGCCCCAGCCAUCUUCUUUAACCUCCCACCCCUCCUGCCCCAUGCCAGGCCCUGUGGUCAUACCACGUUUGUAAUCUGAUUGGCUGACAGCCCCGCCCUCCCUGCUCCCUGGUUUCCUGCGGAAGCCCUAUGUCCCCACUGAAGUGAUCGCAGUGGCCUGGACACGGCUGUCCAGGGUUACUCCUGCGUGGCAACACCUGGUUCCCCACGGCUGCAGACCCCUCACCACACGCGUCCUCUGUGUACUCAGGAUCAGAACCGACGUCUACUCUCUGGGCACUGCUGUAAGAUAGGUUUUGUCAAGAGCAUAAUCAUUGUCUGCAAAGUGUCUGAUGCCAGGAAGAUUAUUGCUAAUCUGGUGAAGUAAAGAGUCUCGCCUUCUUUUAAUGAACUUCACUCUCACUGGCGUCUGUAGCAUCAUUUGGGAGCUUGGGCGCACAUGGAGAUGACGGCCCGGCGCAUGGAUUUUAAUGUUUUUCUAACAACUGUGGAGAUCUGAGGGAAUGUGUGGUGAAUGUAAAAUAUCUAGUUUACUUGGCAGUCUCUUGUGUAAAUUAUAGUAAAACAAAGUAAAUGAAAUUUAAACAAAAAAUAAAUUUGAUCACAAAAUGCCA